CAACAGACAUGACAGUCGUGACCGACAUGACAACAGUGACCAACGCAGCAGACAUGACAGUCGUGACCGACACAACAGACAUGACAACAGUGACCAACGCAGCAGGCAUGACAGUCGUGACCGACACAACAGACAUGACAGUCGUGACCGACACAACAGACAUGACAACAGUGACCAACGCAGCAGACAUGACAGUCGUGACCGACGCAGCAGACAUGACAGUCGUGACCGACACAACAGACAUGACAACAGUGACCAACGCAGCAGGCAUGACAGUCGUGACCGACGCAGCAGACAUGACAGUCGUGACCGACACAACAGACAUGACAACAGUGACCGACGCAGCAGGCAUGACAGUCGUGGCCAACAUGACAACAGUGACCGACGCAGCAGGCAUGACAGUCGUGACCGACACAACAGACAUGACAGUCGUGACCGACACAACAGACAUGACAACAGUGACCAACGCAGCAGACAUGACAGCAGUGACCGACAAGGGAGCGAUUGGAUUCAGAAUCUGUCUAGUGAAGACCUUGAUGAUGUUCAACCCUUGAACCAAGGAGAAAACCGUCAGAGUGGAUUUCCUAUGGAUUGGGCAAAAUUCCAGAGGCGAGUCAUUCAUUUGUUGCUGGAUAUGAGGACCUCUUUGCAUACUCUUACUGGCUCUACACCAAGUGACAAUGAUAUAUCAAUUCAACAGCUGGACUCUAUGGAGGAUGCAGAGGCAUUUGAAAAUGAAUUGUGAACACCCUCUUUUUGCAAAGAAAUGACAGAAAAAUUUGUCCACAUAGGUGGAAUUUCAGUGAAGGAUAUGAUAUCAAAGGUAUUGUGCAGCAUUAUGUCGAAGAAGUUGAUGUGUAAGUACAACAUGUAUGGACAACGGGGCAAAGUAGCUUUUAAAAAUACAAGAUUGUGCAGUGUCAUCACAGACUGUUAUGAAGAAAUUCAGAGAUGUGAGUUUAACAGAAAUACACAUGAUUGCAACACAAUUGUGUAAUGCCCCAAAAAUGAAGUAAAGUGGAAACUAAAUCAUGUAGGGUAGUGGGCAAAUAGUGAUGCUGGGUCAGGGGAUACCAUAAAAUCAGGUAACUUCAGACAUUUUUAGGGUUUUGGCCUAUAAAUUCUUGUAGAACUACACUAUUUGAAACCUGUCCUUACUGUGAAAACUGUUCUAUGAUCUGUCCAACAGUUUGGUUAGACUCAGGAAAACUGUUGAUACCCACAUUUUUAUUCCAGGUACGGUGUGCAAAAAAAUGUAGCAACAAGAUAUGUGUAUUCUCAAAGCAUGAACAGAAAUUUGUAUUAGUAAUUAAGAGCCACACCUGUAAUAUCAAGGCAUACUGUGUAGAACAGUCCUUGAGUUAGGGCUGAGGAGGUAAAACUAAAAUCUGAAAUCUGACUCCUUUAUUUUGAAAUAACUGCCACAAAAUGGUUGUUGAUAAUGAAACUGGCUUUAUAAUGCUACCAAGAACUCAGCUGGAGUCGAAGUCAUGGUAACUUUACUGCCUCCUUCCUGCCUCCUUUCACCCACUAUUGCUGUGACUUGACUGCAGGCCUGCCAUGAAUAACAGCAAAUUGUGAAAAUGAUGAUGUACAGUAUUGUAUUGUGGCUUUUCUUUCUCCUGAUGGAUAUUAAAUUUACAUAGUAUUAUAUUGU